AGUAUUUUAUAAAAUUAAAAUACUGACUCAGUUUUACUCAACCACCAAAGCAAAAUCUAAGUCCAAUGCGAAAUAGGAAAUAAAAAGGAUAUAUUAAUAUGUGUACAUAUAUUACACUCUCGGCUUCUCUUUCUUUUAAAAUUCCCAUACCAAUCAUCCUGACCUCUCUCUAAGGUCUCACUUUCCUCCUUAAGUUUACUCUGGUUUUUGGUUUUCCUCUUUAAGGACGUUUCCUUUAAUUUUCCAUUGUUGAGCGGUUCAAGAAUCGAAAUUGCUUUUAAUUUUUUUCCAUUUAGAGAAGGAUUUUCCUUUUGGCGGUUAAGUGAGUGAUAGAAAGAUAGAUGGUGAGUUUAGAGGGAUUGAGUGGAUUGCCAAUGUCCGGUAUAACAAAGCCGAUAUCAAUGGCAGGUCCCACCAAGGCUGAUAUACUAAAAAGCCGACAAUUGAAAAAGUUUUUGGUGGAAGCUAGGCUUUAUGAGAGCAAAGAAGAAGCUGCAAAGAGAGAAGAAGUUCUCGGUAAAAUCCAAGAGAUUGUAACAAGUUGGGUGAAGCAACUUACUCGUUUGAAAGGAUACACAGAUAAGAUGGUUGAAGAUGCAAAUGCAGUUAUUUUUACUUUUGGUUCUUAUCGACUUGGGGUAUAUGGACCUGGAUCUGACGUAGACACUGUAUGUGUGGGACCAUCCUAUGUGAACCGGGAGCACGAUUUCUUCUUUGUAUUGCACAACAUCCUGUCAGAAAGGAAAGAAGUUACAGAGUUACAACCUGUUCCCGGUGCUCGUGUCCCUGUAAUGAAAUUUAAGUUUGAUGGAAUAUCAAUCGACCUUCUUUAUGCAAGAGUCUCUCUUUUGGUUGUGCCUCAAGACCUUGACAUCUCUGAUGUGUCGGUAUUUUACAAUGUUGAUGAGUCUACUGUUCAAAGUCUUAAUGGCCGUCGGGUGGCAGAUCAAAUUCUGAAACUAGUACCAAAUGUUGAGCAUUUUUGCACAACACUUCGAUGUCUGAAGUUCUGGGCUAAAAGGCGUGGUGUUUAUUCCAAUGUGACUGGAUAUCUUGGUGGUGUUAGUUUGGCUCUUCUAGUAGCUCGAGUUUGCCAGCUUUAUCCUAAUGCGGUUCCUAGCAUGCUUGUGUCACGAUUUUUUAGGAUCUAUACACAGUGGCGUUGGCCAAACCCAAUUAUGCUUUGUGCAAUUGAAGAAGAUGAACUUGGAUUUUCUGUAUGGGAUCCUCGUAAAAAUCCUCGUGAUAGGACUCAUCUUAUGCCAAUAAUUACGCCUACCUAUCCAUGCAUGAAUUCUAGCUAUAAUGUGUCCACAAACACCCUUCGAGUCAUGACGGAGCAGUUCCAAUACGGUAACAACAUUUGUGAGGAGAUUCAGUUGAAUACAGUAAAGUGGAGUGCUCUAUUUGAGCCUUAUAGGUUCUUUGAAAGUUACAAAGACUACCUGCAGGUUGACAUUGUUGCAGCUAAUGCCGAUGACUUGCGUGCUUGGAGAGGCUGGGUGGAAUCCCGGCUAAGGCAGCUGACUUUGAUGAUUGAGCGAGACACUUACGGGAAGUUGCAGUGCCAUCCUUAUCCUCAUGAGUAUGUAGAUACAUCUAAGUCACGUGCCCAUUGUGCCUUCUUUAUGGGUUUACAAAGGAAACAGGGGGAAAUUGUUCAGGAAGGUCAGCCAUUUGAUAUACGAGGGUCGAUUGAUGAAUUUCGGCAUUCGGUAAGCAAGUACAUGUUUUGGAAACCUGGGAUGGAAAUCUCUGUAUCAUAUGUCCGUAGAAAGCAGCUUCCGGCUUAUGUUUUUCCAGAUGGCUAUGAACAUCCUCAGAAUCGAUGGCUUACUCCCCACCAUAAGUUGUCUCAUAGCAAUGGUAAUGCAUGUACUGAAUCUGGUGGGAAAUGCCUUAAAAGGAAAAAGGAUCUUGAUGGAGAAUAUAGUGAGCAUAGUAGGCUGGAGAAACGGCAGUAUCUUGAUCGGAACAAAUCUGUUUCUCCUGAGAUUAUUAGUUGUGAGCUUAACAGAAUGUCUUCAGGUUGCUCUACAUUCGAUCAAGAUGAAAUGAAUGGAGCUGCUGAAGGGAAUGCAUCAUCUACUUCCAGUGUUAUCAGCUCUUGCUCAAAUGAGGAUAUUGGGAAUGAAUGUCCAGCAGGUAUCAGUGAAGGAAGCAAUGGAGGUGAUAAUGGGAGUGUAGAAGGGAGUACUAGUCCAUCAUCUUCUCAGAGUGAUUCGAAUGAUGCAGAUUUGAAAUCUUCUUUGGAGGAUGAACAUGCUGAUCACCGUAAUAAGGUUGAGUUUGAAGUCAGCAGCAUGAGAGAAGUUAUUAGGUUGUGAUAUGUUAAAUAUACAGAAAAUUGGAAUCUAGUUGUGGUGAGAUGACUCUGUGUUGCUCGUGAGAUUUUUUUUGCCCUUUCUAGGGAGCUUGUUCAUAUUUCUGGGUCUAUAGUUUGAUUCAGCUGCAAUUCGAUUA